GCCUGGCGCACCGGCGGGAGCGGAGCCCCAGCGCGCUCGCCCUGCCGAGCCAGCGGCCCGGGGCGCCGAGGGGGUCAGCGCCGCACCGGGCGCCGCCGCCUUGGUCGCCAUGUGCUCCCAGCUGUGGUUCCUGACGGACCGGCGCAUCCGUGAGGACUACCCGCAGGUGCAGAUCAUGCGCGCCCUCCGGCAGCGCUGCUCCGAGCAGGACGUGCGCUUUCGGGCGGUGCUCAUGGACCAGAUCGCCGUCACGGUCGUGGGCGGCCACCUCGGACUCCAGCUGAACCAGAAGGCUCUCACCACCUUCCCAGAUGUGGUGCUCGUGCGCGUGCCCACUCCCUCGGUACAGUCAGACAGUGACAUCACUGUGCUGAGGCACCUGGAGAAGCUCGGCUGCCGCUUGGUCAACCGUCCGCAGAGCAUCUUAAACUGCAUCAACAAAUUCUGGACCUUCCAGGAGUUGGCUGGACAUGGGGUCCCCAUGCCAGAUACUUUCUCCUACGGUGGGCAUGAAGACUUUUCCAAAAUGAUUGAUGAAGCCGAACCCCUGGGCUAUCCGGUUGUGGUGAAGAGCACGCGAGGCCACCGGGGAAAAGCUGUUUUUCUGGCAAGAGAUAAACAUCACCUCUCGGACAUCUGCCACUUGAUCCGCCACGACGUUCCCUACCUGUUCCAGAAAUACGUGAAGGAGUCCCACGGCAAAGACAUCCGCGUGGUCGUGGUCGGGGGCCAGGUGAUAGGCUCCAUGCUUCGCUGUUCCACCGAUGGGCGAAUGCAGAGCAACUGCUCCCUGGGUGGCGUGGGUGUCAUGUGCCCGCUGACAGAGCAAGGCAAGCAGCUGGCCAUUCAGGUGUCCAAUAUUCUGGGCAUGGACUUUUGUGGCAUCGACCUCCUCAUCAUGGAUGAUGGCUCCUUCGUGGUGUGUGAAGCCAACGCCAAUGUUGGCUUCCUGGCCUUCGACCAGGCGUGCAACUUGGAUGUGGGUGGAAUCAUUGCAGACUAUACCAUGUCCCUGCUGCCAAAUCGGCAGACAGGGAAGAUGGCUGUCCUCCCGGGGCUCUCCAGUCCCAGGGAGAAAAAGGAGCCAGAUGGUUGUGCAUCAGCUCAGGGAGUCACAGAUGGCGUCUACACCGUCACCAACGGGUCUACCUCCAGCGAGAGUGAGCCUGAACUGGGAGAGAUCCGGGAUUCCUCAGCAAGCACAAUGAGCACCCCAGCUCCCACACUGCCCGAGCCUGGCUACAACAUUAACAACAGGAUUGCUUCGGAAUUAACACUCAAGUGA